CAUCCCUCUACAUGAUCGCCCACUACCAUCGCCCAUUCCCAUCACUAUGAACAAAUUACUCAGACUCGACCAAAUCACAGCUGAAACCUCUGAAGAUCCUCUAGAAAAGGACUACCUGUGCAACCCGAUAGAUGACAUGUUGAUAUAUUCCCUAGGGUUCUUCAUGGGGUAUCAAUACGGUGAAUUGGAUAUAAAAACUCCUCUUAACACGAUUGAAGUUCGUUCUAGCAUGGUGAAACUUUUUAGCGACUGCAGAUGGGCUCUGCUUCCCACUCAAGAAACUAUGCAAGCCCUCGCUCAACUGCAUGAGGAGAAUUUGAGAUGCAGAUUGUACGAGCGCAAAUUUUACACUGAGGUUUUUCCCCAUCAAGAAUAUGAAUAUGUUCUGCUACCUCUGGUCGGAUUGGACUGCCCUCUUUUCAUCAUUCAAGACGAUGGUACUCGUAUCCGCUUUGACCCGCCGUUUGACGAGCUCCCUCAUUUCCGAGCCUCACUUCAUCCGUUUUUUGCGAUGAGAAGGGCAGUGAAACACAUAAUACGGGCCAUGUCACGCGGUUUUAUCUACCGUAGCCUCGAGUUUUUAACUCUUAUGCGAAGUUGGUCCCGGAUCCCCGGAGCUUGGUCUCGAACACCCAAUUGGAAAAAGUUGGGUCAUCCUCUGGACAAUCUAGACAUAGAUAGUGAAACGAAGUGCGAGGCCGUACCCGAGGCGACCCGAUCAGCACCAGCUAUACUCUUUCAACCUCCCGGCUACUCACCACCACCUACUCUCAUCCACGGACAAACCCUUUCAACUGCGGGUACGGUAUGUUCGUUAAAGAUAUGUAAUCCGAAAAGGUACAUCCAACAUCCGGCAUUGGAACGGUGGGUGGUGGAUGUAAAGAAGGGGGUAGAGAAGAAAGUAUACACGGAUCAUGGGCUUUUGAACGACAAGCAGGUGUUGUCGUAUAGGAAGGAAAAGGGGAGAAGUUACGAGGAGGUGAUGAAAACGAGCGGCCACGUUCCUCCUUUGUCAUUGCUCUUCCGAAAAGAGCUCCGAUAUUCACCCUACAGACGAACCCGGCGAUCUUGAUUUCUAUUGUCACUCCUUGCCUUCUUCAUUUAUUAUCGUUAUGUUCCUGGCUCGUCAAUUCGCUAUAUCCUGCAUCACGUAGAAGUCGUCAAUCAUGUGUAUCCUAUUCCUGUUCAGUAUCCACAUUCAGUGUUUACACUUACGCUUUAAUUGCAUUUAGAUUAUAAAGUUUU